AUGGGUCUUGGUAAAACUGUUAUUCUAAUUGCACUCUUUCUACUGCAUCAGCUAUCAAAUACAUCAACACCAACACUUGAAGAAGUGACAAAACAAGCGCAGAUUAGCGACUUAAAAGUAUGCAAUGCUACACUUGUAGUUGCUCCUGGAGCCAUUAUUGAUCAAUGGGCAAAUGAGAUACACCAGCACGCUCCUAGUCUUCGCGUUCUAGUAUAUGAAAAAAAAUCCAAUGCAGACCAGUUUGAUUCGGUAGAUAUCGUGUUGGUGACAAGCGAUGUGUUACGUAGAGAGUUUCAUGCUGCAAACCCACCACCUGAACGAUCUAGGCGUCAGCAACCAAAAUACAAGCGACGAAGGUCUUGCUUAGUUGAGCAGUUGUGGUGGCGAGUGGUAUUUGACGAAGCGCAAAUGGUAGAUUCAUCCAUCUCAAAUAUUGCUGCAAUGGCACGGCUUAUUCCUAGGAUACACCCAUGGGCAGUAACAGGUACUCCAACAUCUAAAACCGGGCUAUUGUCAGACAUGCAUGGACUUUUUUGUUUCUUGGGACUAAAUACAUGGAUUGCUGCAUCUUUAAACGCAACACCAAAGCCGCAUCUUUCAUCAUUCACGGAACAACACUUACGAUUGACUCAUCGGCAUCCUGGACUAGUUCGAGACCAUCUUGCACGCAUUAUGCACAGAUUUACCAAAGUCAGCGUUGCUAGUGAAUUGGAAAUUCCACCACAACACGAGCAUAUUAUUAAUGUUCAGUUUGAUCGUACCCAUCAAUUAUACUACGAUGAAAUUGAGGAAAAAUGCUUACAGGCGGUAAAAAAUCGUGUACAAUCCCAAUCAUUCAUCCCAUACAUAGAUACUAUGCAAAAAAGUCCAUCUGUGCAAGAUCAAACUGAAUCAAUGCAUUUGUCUGCAUCAAAGCAUGGCUCACAAUCAAAACAAUCCGACUUGCCAAUUCUUAUGCUUCAACUUCGUCAGACCUGCUGUCAUCCUCAAAUUGGCACACAUAAUCGACGCCGACUUGGUGGAGUUCUCUGUACCAUGGAACAUGUUCUCACCACCAUGAUUCGCCAAUGUACAUCUAGCGUGUAUACUAUGCAACAUAAACGUAUCUCGACUUCUAUGGAGCUGCUACAUAUGCUCGAGUAUCAGGGAAAGUUUAAACCAGCACUUGAUAGUUAUUUGAUACUAUUAAAGGAGACCAGAGAAGUUGUUGCUGGUAUACGAUUGGAUGUGGAUACAUUGAUGACCAGAAAAAAACUCAAAAAUCAAGAAAGAUCUGAAAACGAGUUGGCGCUAAAUAAUGAAGAUCAACCAGCUAAAGCAUGCGAUGACAAUGAUGAAUCUGAUUUGGAUUGCGAUUUUGAAAAUUUUGAAAGUUCUAAUCCAACACAAUACUCGUACACAUUGCUUGAAGACGAGUUGGGUCAGCUUCGCAGUCGGCUUAAUUUUUGGAUUGAGCUAGAGCACCGUCUUCUUUAUUUUAUAGCUACGUCAUACUAUAUAAUUGGAAAGCGGAUCGAAGAUGCUGCCAUUACUGCAUCAGGUGAGCUUCAUUCAGAUAAAGAUGCUCAAUCCUUUGUAAAUAAUCGCGAUGAAGAGUCUGGAUUUACUCGUCAAGAAUGCGAAGAGUUGGAAAAUAUUUGGUAUGAGCACGCCAACAAACUGCGUCGUACCACUUUGCAGAUAUUUGAACUUCGAACAACCCAAAUGGUUGAAAAAUUUCAAUCGGGAUUUCUUGAACUCCCUGGCGAGUUGAAUCAAAAAGCAAGUGUGUUAUCUAACAUUAGCAAGAACGAGCGUAUCCUAUACAGCAAUGAUCAAAAUUUGAUGCUGAUUGUGCUUUCACCCGAGUACUUUGGAGGUAUUGUGACAGGUGAAAUAUUUGAAGAGAUUACACAGCUUGUGGCAGUUUUAAACAAGCAAUGGCAACUUAUUGAAGCUUGGCGAUCAAAACUCAUCGAGUUGCUGACACUUCCAUUUGAAAAUGAGAAUCUCAAUAGCAAUUCGGAUCAUACAGAUAUUUCUUGUUUUCAGACAAUUCAAUCUUUGGGUGUAAAUUCAAAUGCCAAACCUAACGAUGGUUCAAUUGCUGCUCCAACCGGCAAUGAAUAUAGUAUUGGACUUGAUAUCCAAGAAGAAGCUAAUCAGUAUCAAUAUGCAUAUAUACAAGUUCUAUCAGAUAGGCUUACGCUGCUGACUGCCAUGCGACGUGAUGUUGAUCAUAAAUACUAUGGCACAACAGACCUUCAAUUCAAGUUGUUUGAACAACGUAAAGCGUUUAUUCUAAAGCAAAAACAGCAAUCCUUUUCUGAAUUGGUUAAACGUUUAAAAGGUGUGAGCUGCAGAUACGAUUUGCCAUCUAUAGAAAUCCAGUUGGCUACCCAUGCUAGUCUAUAUCUUGGCAAGUGUCUGGAUGUUCAUGUGGCGUGCUUGGAAUUGCUUCGAAAUGAAACAACUAAAUUUUCAAUACUGGGGAAUGCACGCAUCGUGUAUUUUCGUGAACUCCAAAAGUUUCAUUCAGGUGUUGUGUUUCCCGAGAAACCAACCGAUAUGGAAGCUCAUUGUACAACACUUGAAGAUAACAUUCGUGGUUUUGAACGAUCCAUUGCUACUCAAAAUGCUCGUCUUCGAUAUCUUGCUACACUAGAAACAGACAAUAUUCAGCGUACAGCCUUGGGUGAAAGUCUACGCGAGUGUGGAAUAUGUCGAACCAUGUUUAAAAAUGGUGUCGUCACACACUGUGGACACAUGUUUUGCGAAGAGUGUAAUGCUGGGUGGAUUAUGAUUCACCUUCGAUGUCCUAUGUGCAAUCAAUCCAUAUCUCGUGAAUCCAUUGCUAAAGUAACAUUAAAAAAGCAGCUCGACACUCCUCAAUUCAAUCAAACUAUUCUCAGUAUUUCUACUGUUCCAAAUGCCUUUUCAGCAGGCUCAAAAUCGAUUGCACAGCUGAAUAUUCCACAGUUAGCUAAACGACUAAACGCAAUUAAAGUACAUGGUUCCUAUGGUUCAAAAUUUAACACCAUCAUUCGACACAUCAAGUAUUUGGUAUCUACUCAUCCACAAACCAAAGUGAUUUUAUUUUCGCAAUGGGAGCAAGUUUUAAAUAUUCUAGCGGCUGCAUUUCAGGAUAACGGAAUUGGGUUCGUCAAGAUGGAGGGUAGUGGGUGGACACAGGAUAGAGGAAAGUUUAAACUCAAAUUUCCUGGACAGAGUGUUACCACAUUUAGCGAAAGUGGCGAUGUUGUCGCCUUUAUGCUGAAUGCUAAAAGUCAUAGCUCCGGACUAACGCUUGUUUGUGCUAUGCAUGUGAUUCUUAUCGAGCCGUUACUAAAUCGUAGCAUUGAGCAGCAAGCCAUCACCAGAGUUCAUCGAAUUGGUCAACAAAAUGAAACCCAUGUUUGGAGAUAUAUUGUCCACAACACAAUCGAGAAACAAAUAGUGAAACUGGCAGAUCAACGCAUGUCUGUAUCUAAUCAAAUAACACUUUCGUCUCAAUCGAGGCUUGCUACAAAAAGUUUGGGUGGUGGAGAACUAAUCGGCGAAACAGACAUUCAAGAUAUCCUUUGUGAUCGUAAUGCCGUGAAUGCUGGCACAUCAUGA